GGCAACUAUUUCCUGUUGCCGCUGCCUUAAUGCUAAACAGAUCUCUUUCUUUUCCCUCCGUCCCUAGCCAGAGCUCCUGGCUCUUGUCAACCACUCGCCUCUUUCUCUCCGUCGAGCACCGAAGACAGGGCAAGGAGCCGGGAGAGUUUAUAUCCUGCAUCCCAGGCAGUCAGCUCACAGCAGGCAGAAGGGCACUGAGACUUUGUCGGGAAGCUCCACGUUUAACGAGCUGCAGACGGUUGAGCAUUUUGAAGAGCUUAAAACGUUGGAGGAGGAAAAGUGAAAGUUGAAAAUAGACUGAAUGAAGCAAUGCCUACAGCAAAUCAUACUUCUCAGAGAUUUCUUUCUCUUUUUUUAAUUUAUUGGGCAAUGUGAACAACAUCUCAUUGAAACCCUCCUGCUUGGACUUCUCCAUUGUUCCAAUCUUCGGACGAAACAUUCCCUGGAGCUGACUUGUUGGCAAGCUGCCCUUACCUACUCAGCUGAAUGGAUAUUCCAAAGGCAGAGGUGACCCUCCUCACCAACAGCAUCCAAGCCUACAUGCAAAUUAAAUCAAACCCAGAAAAGGCUGCCUUGUACUUCAUCACUGGGGUAUGUUUUGGCCUGAUGCUGACUCUCUGCCUGCUGGUAAUCCGAAUAUCGUGCCACACUCGCACAGGAGCUGCCCCCCCGGCCAAGGAGAAGGUCGAGGAAGGCAGUGAGGAAGAGGACGAGGAGGAAGAUGAGGAGGAAGAGGAGGGAGACAGCGUGUUGCCCACGACGACAGACCUGACCCUGGCCAACCACACCCAGCCCCACACCAGCUCCAAUGUGAAUGUCUUCACUUCGGCCGAGGAACUGGAGCGGGCCCAGCUGCUGGAAGAGAGGGAGCGCAUCAUCCGCGAGAUUUGGCGAAGUGGGCAGCCAGACAUUCUGGGCACCGGCUGCCAUCAGUUUGAAAUGGAGCUGAUGCCCAACGGAGGUCAGAGAGAACACCGAACCUGGAGCCCGACCUCUGAGGGCAAGUACUAGAACGGGAAAGGAGAAAUUAACCUUUCUUUCAGAUGAUAAAGAAAGAAUCUUGUCAUUUAGCCAUGUAAAGCACACAACCAAAGAUGAUUGGAUAAGAAUUUGCACCAAAUCUAUGGAAUUACCAAAAAUCAGAAAGCACAAAGAAACGAAAUAGAACCAAAAGAUUGCAAAAAAAAAACUCUCCUCAUUUAGUGUAGAUUUGUGUUAGAACACUGUUAUUGUGUUAAAGGCAUAGCUGUUUCAUGCAGUAUGUAGGCCUGGUGACUGCUAAUCAUUCCAUUGAUGGGGGAAGAAGCAAAUCAUUUACCCAGGAAAACCUAACCUGAUCAGAAGCAUUCAGGUAUUGACAACCCAACAACUUGUCAAAGAGCAAUGAUAUGAUUACAGGCCCUCAAAUUUGUCAUCUUUAACUGUUGCUAUAAGAGUAGCUACUGAAGCCAGGGAGCACGUUACCCAGCUCCCCAAUUCCACCUGGACUGUGACCAAAUCAAACUUUAUAUGCUGUAGUUUUUGUAUGUUCAAAAGCGGUAUUUUCUGAUGAGCUUGUGAAUGCUUGAUAUUUUAAAGUAUCUAGCUAAUGCAAUGACCUGGGCCCAUGUCCAGAGCCUCAUUGCAUAUGGUGCUUGGACUCUUUAAGAAAUGCACUAGUGGAAAAUGGUACUGGCAUUACCCAGAAUGGGACCAAGAUGUUACAUGUCGCUUGCCUGUAUAGUUCAAUGUGUUUAAUAUUGACUUAUCAAAAGUAUCUUGUCUGUAUGGUCAGAGACACGUCUGACAAAUCUGUGUGGACAGAUUGUUGCAUGUGAUUGGUUUAUACACUGCAUUACGUGUAACUUACCUAUAAGGACUAAGAUGUUACAUGUGACAGAAGUGCCUUAUUGGUGGUGUCUCAAUAACACAAAGGAUUUUUGUUGCUGGGGCAACCAGUUGAAACUUUAUAACAAUAUAAUACAGCUCUUACUCACAAACUUGAUAGUGAAAAUAAAUCCUAUUCAUGAAAUCCAUUCAAAAUGUUUAAUGCCAAGCAGUUAAUGUCUUAUAAAAAUAAACAAAACCUCUAAUUUCCCACUUCAGAGACAACUAAUCCUUCAAUAGCCUCUUUCAAGUAAACUGUAAACUGUGAAUCCCCUACUGAGAUAAUUGUAGAUUUUGAAACUCAACCAAGCAUUCACAAUGAAUAAUAGUAUCUCCUAGGGAAAUCUCAACAAAGAACUUGAUUGAAACUGCAAGGCUGGGUGGUAAUGUUUUUGUAACUGACACCAGACAGUUUAUCAAUCAAAGAAUAAGUUUAGCCUUUAAUUCUUGUUGACAGAUUCAGUCUUUUUUAUUCUUGAAGACCAAAAGAUUUAAAAAAAACUUCAGAUCAUGAUAUUUAGACAGAUUGUAUCCACCCUUCAUGAGCCUUUAUGUUAACUCUAUCAAUGUGUGACUUCCACACUGUGGGUUAAAGACCUUGUAGUAGCCCAUAGGUGGAUUGUUUGAACUCGACUUUAAGUCUGGGUGGCAGGAGCAGAUUCAACAGUAAUUUUCAAAAGGGAAUGGGAUUAAAAAAAAUACUGAAAGGGAAAGACUGAUGCCUUUGUUUUGUGGUUCCAUCCCCUUCCAGAGAGCAUGCAGAAUCCAUUGGAAUGCACAAGGCCUUCUGUUACUGAUAGGCAUCACAGAGGCUUCGAUGACUUAUCUCAGCCCACAACAACAUUCCAAUUGAAAUUUUAAAAUUUUAUUAGAAUAUUUGAUUUUCAGUGCCCACAAAGUGGCUGUGUCGUUUUGAUUUAGUUUAAUUUGGUUCAUUUUGUUUAAUAUAAUUCUUGCCUUCAUUGGUCAGAGCAUUGAGUAUAGGAGUUGGGGCAUCAUAUUGCAACUGUACAGAACG